AUGGCGUCGUCUUUACCUGGGCCAGCUGUGAUCGUCCCCUACCGUCCGAUUCGCCGGUGCAUUUUCCCCUCUCUUCACUUCCAGCCGAGGACAGGUAAAAGCCGGCCUUUUGUUCCCCAAAAGGUGGCCGAAGAGGCGGAGGAUGCUGCUACCUUUCGAACUCUUGCUGGGUUGUUAGUUUGUUUUGGAUCGUAGGAAGUUUAAGAGAUAGAUCUGUGACAACUAAAAUCAUCACCACAGGGAGGGCCGCUGUCUCAUCUCUUUCAAGUUCUCAUCCUCUUCGUCGAUCCAAACGCAUAGACGCUGAGCUGGGCAGCGAAACUUGAAAAGGAAGGCACACUCCUCCUUGAGAAUCAAAUCACUAAAUUAAGAAUUAUUGGCAGAUCGACGCUGCGCCAAGAUUUGCCCUUAUUUGAAUCCUGUGAAAUCUUAUGUAUCGAGUUUCUUUUCCUACGCGUCUACGAUCCAAGUGAUUCUGUUCUGACUUUGUGGCGUCCUGGAUCUUUACCUCGACUUUGGGGAUUUAACCAAGGCAGGUAUUUCGUCUAAAAAGUAAAAUGAAGAACAGAGAUUUCAGGCCAGGAGCUUAUCUUGACAUAAAUCCUAGGAUUGUCCCCUUUACUUUAGGAUUCAUAAUCCUAUGUGGAUUUUCCUUCUAUCUUGGGGGCAUUUUUUGUUCUGAGAAGAAUCGAUACUUUAAGCAGGAUGAAGCUCCAAUCGUCCAAUCUCAACAGGAAACUACAGUAGAUCCCCUUAAAAUUGAGUAUGUUGAAUUCUCAGAGUGUAGUUUGAACUAUCAGGAUUACACACCAUGCACAGAUCCGAAGAGAUGGAAGAAGUAUGGAAAUUACAGACUUAGUUUUAUGGAACGCCAUUGUCCACAAAUCACUGUCAGAAAUGAAUGCUUGAUUCCUCCUCCUGAUGGAUAUAAGCCACCAAUUAGAUGGCCAAAAAGCAAAGAUCAAUGUUGGUACAGGAAUGUUCCCUAUGACUGGAUAAGCAAUAAGAAAUCAACUCAACACUGGCUCAGAAAAGAAGGUGACAAAUUCUUCUUUCCAGGUGGAGGUACCAUGUUUCCUAAUGGAGUUAAUUCAUAUGUUAAAUUGAUGCAAAAGCUGAUUCCUGGAAUGAAGAACGGAACUAUCCGAACUGCCAUUGAUACUGGAUGUGGUGUUGCAAGCUGGGGAGGUGAUUUAUUAGAUCAUGGCAUUUUAACUGUUUCUCUUGCACCUAGAGAUAAUCAUGAGGCUCAAGUACAGUUUGCGCUUGAACGUGGCAUUCCAGCAAUCUUAGGCAUCAUUUCAACUCAGCGUCUUCCAUUCCCUUCCAAUUCAUUUGAUAUGGCUCACUGCUCCAGAUGUCUUAUACCAUGGACAGAAUAUGAUGGUAUUUACCUACUGGAAGUACACCGAAUACUUAGACCUGGGGGCUUCUGGGUGCUCUCAGGACCACCUAUAAACUACGAACACAGAUGGCGUGGGUGGAACACAACAGUGGAGGAACAGAAGUCAGACUAUGAUAAAUUGAAGAAGUUGCUAAUUAGCAUGUGCUUCAAACUCUACGAUAAAAUGGAUGACAUUGCUGUGUGGCAGAAGUCUCUAGAUAGUAGCUGCUACGAUAGACUCACUUCAUCAUCUUACCCACCUAAAUGUGAUUAUAGCUCAGAUCCAGAUUCAGCAUGGUAUACUCCACUGCAACCUUGUCUGAGUAUUCCAAGCCAAAAGUUUAAGAAAUUGGGACUGAACUCUGUACCAAAAUGGCCAAAUCGGUUGCAUGUACGCCCAGAGCGUAUUUCUAUGAUUUUCAAUGGAAACUCUGGUGGUUUCAAGCAUGAUAACAGUAGAUGGAAGGUGAGGGUGAAACACUACAAAGCAUUACUUCCUGCUCUUGGAAGUGAUGAAAUCCGAAAUGUUAUGGAUAUGAAUACAUUGUACGGAGGGUUUGCAACAUCUCUUAUUGAUUCUCCAUUAUGGGUCAUGAAUGUUGUCUCCUCUUAUGGUCCAAAUUCACUUGGGGUGGUCUAUGAUAGGGGACUAAUUGGCACCUAUCAUGACUGGUGUGAGCCAUUCUCAACUUAUCCUCGUACGUAUGACCUGUUGCAUCUGGAUGGCCUAUUUACUGCUGAAAGUCACAGAUGUGAAAUGAAAUAUGUGCUCCUUGAGAUGGACCGUAUCCUACGUCCAAAUGGGUAUGCGAUAAUCCGUGAAUCAUACUAUUUCAUCGAUGCUAUAGCAACCAUAGCCAAAGGAAUGAGAUGGGAUUGUGAGAAACAAGGCACAGAAUACAUCGUGUCAAAGGAGAAACUCUUGGUUUGUCAGAAGAAGCUUUGGCAUGCCAACCACAGUCGGGAAUGAUUUGUGAAGCUCUGAAGUCAUCAGGUUUCCUGUAGCAAAUUGUUCAGUCUGAUGAUGAAUUGGCAUCAGCUUUUCCCGAACCCUCUGAUCAAAGGUGGUGCCAGAUUUCACCAGUGAAUAGCUGAGGUUUUAGUUCAUGACCCCAGAAGAGAUGACCAGGAUAGUAGUUUUCACUAGUUUAAAUAUGUCAUAUCCUCUUCAAAUAACUACUUGUAGCAUAAACGUGAUUCCUUGAUGAGUGAGUUCAGGUGCAUGGUCAAACUGUUUUGUAUAGGCAGCCUGAACCAGAACUUUGCUUCCAGACUGGAGUUUGAGCUUUCAAACCUUCGAUAUAAAUUAUUUUGAGACGACUUUUAAGGUUGUGAGUAUCACUAAUAUAUUCACUUCAGUUUUUCUGAAAUU